UCCAAGUCUCGAUAAUAUAACAUGCACACUGCCCCCCCACUCCCCAUCUUCUUUCUCUCUCACAUUUUAUUUCCCUUACACCGAAGCUUCAGCCAAGCAGCCAUUGAAGCACUUCCACAAAGCUUCACAAAUUACCCUCAACUUUCAUCCACAUGCCAUGGCUUCCAUUAUCGACGACCUUCAACCUCCUCGGAGUUAGUUAGCCUCUCGACUUUGCUCCGAUAACACUGGCUCUGUUACGAUUCCGGCACUGAAGCGGCCACCGCCGGCGAUAUCUCUCAUUCCGGUGGAGGGAGGUUGUUUCCAUGGUGAGUUACAGUCUACAAGCUACAGAGCAUUUGAUGGUGAUCAUUAAUUGCUUUUGAUUGAUUUGAGGCAGUUUUUUCCGGUGUGGGGUUGCUUUUGGAUUAUAUAUAUUUAUAUUCUUUCCGUUCACAUGCUGUAUUGAGUCCGGUUUAAGUUUCCGUUUCCAUUUUCCUCCACCAUUGAGAUUUUUUUCACAUGCAUUUUGUCUCUGAAGGUGGUGGGUAAAUAUCUUUUAUCCGCCAUUGAAGCAAAGCAACCACUGGGACUAACUUCAGAGAAGCUACAUUUCUUAACGUUAUUUGUUUUCAAUUUCAAGGUCAAGCUAUUUUUCAGAGCUCUGAUGGAAGGGGUAAUCCAUCUAUUUGUUGAACGAUGGCUAUUGUAUGUUAUAGCUAUGUGUUUAAGCUUAAUAAUGGGUGGUUCAUUAGUCGUUUCUCUAUCUCCUGAUGGAGAAGUGCUUCUUUCCCUCAUUGCUGCUACUGGUCCUGUAACAUCGUCUUCUUCUGUUCUUGCUUCUUGGAAUCCAUCUAGUCAAAACCCUUGUGCUUGGGAAGGAAUCACUUGUUCUCCUCAGAACAGAGUCAUUUCACUAUCUCUCCCUAAAACAUUCCUAAACCUCUCGUUUUUGCCUCCUGAGUUGUCUUCUCUCUCUUCUCUGCAACUUCUUAAUCUAUCAUCCACUAAUGUCUCUGGUCCAAUCCCUUCUUCUUUUGGCCUACUUACCCAUCUUCGCUUGUUGGACCUUUCUUCCAACAAUCUCUAUGGCCCUAUUCCUUCUCAGCUUGGUUCUCUCUCUUCACUUCAAUUCCUUUUCCUUAAUUCCAAUAGACUGUCUGGUAAGAUUCCUCCUCAGCUUGCUAACCUGACUUCUCUGCAAAGUCUUUGCCUCCAAGACAAUCAGUUUAAUGGCUCCAUACCGUCGCAGUUUGGUUCUUUGCUGUCCCUCCAAGAGUUUCGAAUAGGAGGGAAUCCAUAUCUUUCUGGAGAUAUUCCCCCACAAAUAGGGUUGCUUACUAAUCUCACUACAUUUGGGGCAGCGGCUACUGCCUUAUCUGGGGCUAUACCGUCUACAUUUGGGAACCUAAUCAACCUCCAAACUUUGUCACUCUAUGAUACUGAGAUGUCUGGUUCUAUACCUCCUGAGUUGGGACUUUGUUCUGAGCUAAGGGAUUUGUAUUUACACAUGAACAAGCUCACGGGUAAUAUUCCUCCUCAGCUUGGUAGGUUGCAGAAGCUUACUAGUUUGUUUCUAUGGGGUAAUGCUCUAUCAGGGGCGAUACCAUCCGAAAUUUCGAAUUGUUCAGCUCUUGUUGUUUUUGAUGCUUCAGAGAAUGAUCUUUCUGGUGAAAUCCCAAGUGAUUUGGGGAAGUUAGUCGUUCUCGAACAGUUUCAUAUAUCUGACAAUUCAAUCUCAGGUUCGAUACCUUGGCAGUUGGGCAACUGCACAAGCUUAACUGCUCUUCAGCUUGAUAAUAACCAAUUAUCAGGUGUAAUUCCAUCACAACUUGGCAAUUUGAAAUCCCUGCAAAGUUUUUUCUUAUGGGGCAAUUCUGUAUCAGGAACCGUACCAUCUUCCUUUGGCAAUUGCACUGAGUUGUAUGCCCUUGAUCUUUCAAGAAACAAGCUCACUGGGAUUAUCCCAGAAGAAAUUUUCAGCUUGAAGAAGUUGAGCAAGCUAUUGCUCCUUGGAAAUUCUUUAUCUGGUGGGUUGCCUCGAAGUGUUGCAAAUUGUCAAUCAUUGGUGAGGUUGAGGCUUGGGGAAAACCAGCUUUCAGGCCAGAUUCCAAAGGAGGUAGGCCAGUUGCAAAAUCUUGUCUUUCUUGACUUGUAUAUGAAUCAUUUUUCGGGUGGUCUUCCGUCUGAGAUUGCUAAUAUUACAGUUCUUGAGCUACUUGAUGUGCAUAAUAAUUAUAUAACUGGGGAAAUUCCUCCCCAGCUUGGAGAAUUGGUGAACUUGGAGCAGCUUGAUCUCAGUCGUAACAGCUUCACUGGUGAAAUUCCUCAGAGUUUUGGAAACUUCAGUUAUUUAAAUAAGCUUAUUCUCAAUAAUAAUCUACUGACAGGGUCAAUCCCAAAGUCUAUUAAGAACCUGGAGAAACUAACUCUACUUGAUUUGAGUUGCAACAGUCUCUCUGGCAAGAUACCUCCAGAAAUUGGUUACAUGAAGAGUUUGUCUAUCAGUCUGGACUUGAGCUCAAAUGGGAUAAGUGGAGAAAUUCCUGAGACAAUGUCCAGUUUGACACAGUUACAAUCACUUGAUCUUUCCCACAACAUGCUUUAUGGAAAUAUUAAACUGUUGGGUCUCUUGCCUAGUCUCACGUCCCUUAAUAUCUCUUACAACAAUUUCUCAGGUCCCAUGCCUGUAACACCAUUUUUUAGAACCCUAUCAGAAGAUGCAUAUUAUCAAAACCUGAAUCUUUGUGAAUCACUUGAUGGGUUUACUUGUUCCUCAAGUUCAAUGCAUAGAAACGGGUUGAAGUCUGCAAAAGCUGCUGCUUUAAUCUCCAUCAUUCUUGCUGCAGUCAUCAUUAUACUUUUUGCUUUGUGGAUGCUAGUUACACGAAAUCGUAAGUACAUGGAAGAGAAACAUUCUGGGACAUUGUCCUCUUCAUCGGCUGCUGAGGAUUUCUCUUAUCCAUGGACCUUCAUCCCGUUUCAGAAGCUCAACUUUACCAUAGAUAACAUCUUGGAAUCCAUGAAAGAUGAAAAUAUAAUUGGAAAAGGUUGUUCUGGGGUUGUUUACAAAGCAGAUAUGCCCAAUGGUGAAUUAGUUGCUGUGAAGAAACUAUGGAAAACAAAGCAAGACGAAGAAGCAGUUGACUCGUGUGCGGCAGAAAUUCAAAUUCUCGGGCAUAUUCGACAUCGUAACAUUGUGAAGCUCAUAGGUUAUUGUUCCAAUAGAAGUGUCAAACUACUUCUCUACAACUACAUUUCAAAUGGUAAUCUGCAACAACUCUUGCAAGGAAACAGAAAUCUGGACUGGGAGACAAGGUAUAAGAUUGCGGUUGGGACGGCACAGGGUCUGGCUUAUCUUCAUCAUGAUUGUGUGCCUGCAAUUCUUCAUAGAGAUGUCAAGUGCAAUAACAUACUUCUAGACUCGAAGUUUGAAGCUUAUCUAGCAGAUUUUGGCCUGGCAAAGUUGAUGAACACUCCAAAUUAUCACCAUGCAAUUUCAAGAGUAGCCGGGUCAUACGGUUAUAUCGCCCCAGAAUACGGAUAUGCCAUGAACAUAACCGAGAAGAGUGAUGUCUAUAGCUAUGGAGUUGUUUUACUAGAGAUACUAAGUGGUCGUAGUGCAAUUGAGACACAAGUUGGAGAUGGCCUUCACAUUGUUGAGUGGGUGAAGAAGAAGAUGGCAAGCUUCGAACCCGCCGUGACGAUACUCGAUGCAAAGCUCCAGGGUUUACCAGAUCAGAUGGUGCAAGAAAUGCUUCAAACACUUGGAAUAGCAAUGUUUUGUGUGAACUCUUCUCCAGCAGAAAGGCCAACAAUGAAGGAAGUGGUAGCAUUAUUGAUGGAGGUGAAGAGUCCUCCAGAAGAAUGGGGAAAAACCUCCCAACCUCUAAUAAAGCAGUCCUCAAAUUUAAGUUGAAAUAAUUCUUUCUUUUCCACAAGAAAAUUGGGAUAAGGAACAAGGGAAAUGAUUGAGAUGGAGAUCUUUGUAGCAUCAGAUUGAACUUUGCAAUUUUGUACAGUUUUUGUUUCAUGGAAGAGAUUUCAUAAUUCUGAACCCUACACUUCAGUUA